AUGCCACCGAACAGUCCCGACGGGCCGCCGAUUUGCGCGGAGAAAAAGCCGAAAUUACCAGCCAAGUAUGCCGAGCUCGACGAGAACAACAACGUCGAGAAGGAUGUACCGGCGAUCGUCGACGUCGAGCGACAGAUCCAAGCGGUGGACGACUCCACGCAGUGGCUGAUACUGCGCAAAGACAUCAAAUGGCUCAACGUGAUCGCGAUAGCACUGCUGCACCUCGUGGCUCUCUACGGACUGCUGACCGUCUCUUACUCGCAGCACAAGCGAACCAUGGCUUGGGCGUUCGUGAUCGUGAUCUUUACGGGCUUCGGGGUGACCGGUGGUGCGCAUCGGCUCUGGACGCAUCGAUCCUACAAAGCCAACACGCGGAUGCGAGUCCUGCUGAUGAUAUGCUUCAUUACCGCUGGGAUGAAUAAUUUGUAUCACUGGGUGCGCGACCAUCGGGUGCAUCACAAGUACUCGGAAACGGACGCCGAUCCCCACAACAGUCGGCGCGGCUUCUUCUUCUCCCACGUGGGUUGGCUGAUGCUGAAGAAACAUCCGGACGUCAAAGCCAAGGGCCAGAGCAUCGACAUGAGCGAUAUCGUUAACGAUCCGGUCGUGGCCUUUUGCGACAGGCAUAAUCUGCUACUGCGAAUACUGACGACGCUGUUCACGAUCGGCGUGCCGGUCUAUUGCUGGCACGAGGACUGGUACCACUCGUUCGUGUUUCAAUUGUUUCGCUACGUCUACGAUCUCAACGCCACUUGGAGCGUCAACAGUCUGGCGCACAUCUACGGCGACAAGCCUUACAACAGAAAAAUCGACCCGGUCGAGAAUCGCUUCGUCUCGUGGAUCACCUUCGGCGAGGGCUGGCACAACUACCAUCACACCUUCCCGUGGGACUAUCGCGCGGCGGAGAUCGGCGGCGGCCGCUUCAAUCUCACCGCCCGAGUCAUCGAGUGGUUCGCCAGGCUGGGCUGGGCCACGGAUCUGCGGGAACCGUCGCCGGCUCUCGUGAGAAAGACGAUCGCUCACAGGGGCGACGGCACCCACCCUUACGUUCUGCGCCAGACGACCUCCACAGCCGGUAGUGGUGGAUCGGUGGCGGACGACGUGCUGGAUAAUUUGGAGUCGGCGAUCGCCAAGAGUCAUUUUUUCUGACGUAAAACGAGAG